UUUUCUUUUUCGUUCUAUCCCUUUUCAAACUUGCAUUUUGCCAAUUAACAAGUCCCCGCUAAAUAGAAAGCCCUAAUUACGAUAAUCGAAAAGGUUGUUCUAUGAAAUUCCCAAAUUCUACCAGAGUCAGACGGCUUCUUAUGCGCAGAUCUGAAGGUUAUCGUGAAGUUGUGAUGGGAUAAUAUUGGAAGAUCCGUGGUCUGUUGUGAGUAAUCACAAAUAUUAUAUUUUUGUUAUUGAAAAGUAUUGAGAUUGGAAAACCGAAGCGGGGAGGGGAGUAAAAGAUACUUGGAACAUGGAUUGGUCGGAGAAAAAUCUAUGCAUUAAGUGCAAUAAAGCCGACAAUCUGUUGAUUUGCAGCGAAAAUGGCUGUCCUUUAGCUAUGCACGAAGCAUGUAUGGGUUGUCGAGCGAGGUUUGACGAUGCGGGCGACUUCUAUUGCCCCUACUGUUUAUACAAGAAAGCUGUUGCAGAAUUACGUCAAGCAAGGGAAUAUGCUCUCGAAAGAAAGAAAGCUUUAUCGCUCUUUAUGGAUAUAAAUGUGGGAGCCAAUGAAAGACGUUUGCAAGAAAAUAAGGGAGAUGAAGCUAAUGGUCAUCAUCAAUUAAAAGUUAGUGAACCAAAUGUAAAUAACGACGUAUGUAAUGACGAGGGGCACAAAAGCAACAACUUAGGAGAAGAAGAAGAAAAGAUCGAGGAAGAGGAUUCGGAAGGUUCUGAAAGAUCCAGUGGUCAAGAACCUUCGAUUAAUUCGCGUGAUGAACAAAAUAUCAGAAACGAAGAUGGAAAAACGGCUAAUGAAGAGGAGCAUGAAGACCCUUCAGUUGAGAUACACGAAGACAAAACCCGUAAUUCGGAAGAAGAAAAUAUUCACGAGGAGAGAUGUGAAACUUCCUCUGAUUCGACUAGCAACGAUUCCUCACAAUCUCUGCGCGAGAGAACUAAGAGAAAGCUGAGAUUCAAAAGAAGUAAAACAAAAAUCAGGGAAACCAGAGCUGUUUCGGUGCAAAGUAAGCGUGUCAAAAUGGUUGAAAACGAUAAGCAGAGAUCUCCAGCUUCGACUUCGUCAAUGAGAUCUUCUAGAAUGUCGUCUUCUUCUGCUCCUAGAACCGAAAGAGUUGAUCAUGCUUCUAGAGGGUCGAAAAAAGGUCGACAUUCUUCGGUCCAAAUAGCUAACGAGACGUUUAGUGGUAAGAAACGAAGGAGAUUAUUUUGGAGUGUGGAAGAGGUAGAGAAGCUGAAGGAAGGAAUAGAAAAAUAUUCAACCGAAAUAAACAAAAAUAUUCCUUGGAGGAAAAUCUUGAUGUAUGGUCACGGUGUGUUUGAUGAAACUCGUACUCCGGGUGAUCUUAGGGAGAAAGGGAGGAAAUUGUUCACAAAGUAAGAGUUUUAACAUUGUAACGAUCGAGUUCCAUUUGUUUUAUUUUAGCCUUGGAAGUUAGAUAUGUAAUUUAGUACUUCUCAAUUUCUGCUAUAACUGCUCUGUGUUUUGAUGCUUUUUUUUAGUAGAAGUUUUUAUCCUAGAAAUCCCAUAAAUGAAUCGGAUUGAAUCGAUCACCCGAUUGCUUGAGUUUAUACAGUUUCGUAGAUUGUGUAAUUUACACCUAGAACUAUAAAUGAAUCGGAUUGAAUCAAUCACCCGAUUGUUUGGGUUUAUUCAGUUUCACAAAUUGUGUUUGAGC